UCUUUCAGUUGCUUCAGUGUUUGGUCCAGUGUUUGGAUCAGCAUAAUGUUGCUGAUAGUUGACAGUUACAAGAUGAUGAUUUAAAUUAUUAAAUUUCUUCUUUGAAUCCUUCAAUUCAAACAUCCAGGACCAUCAAUUCAUCUUCCAUGUUAUAGGUUGUUUUCUGCCUCAUCCUCAUUAUCAUUUCAUUCUGGAACACAAUCCUGCAGCAUUUUACUUCUGUUGUAUUUUCAGCACACCAUGACUGCGAUUGUCACUUUUUACUGGCUCUUCUUUAGUGCUUAGCAUGGAAACUUCGUGACACACAAUAAAUCAAUCAUGAAUUGUUUUGCUACCUCUACCAAUCUAUUCAUGUAUGAAAUCAUAUGAAAUAUGUACAUUAUAUAAUAAAUCACACUGUCUGUAAGUCUAAGACAAAUGUUUUCCUUGUCUCUUGAUGCUAAAAGGCGAAAAAAAAAAAGUGUAGCUUUCCUUGUUAUAGAUCACAAUGUAAAGUGUGGAUCCCAUAAUAAAGUAGUUUUAUGAUACAUAGAUCAUUUACCAUAGUAGAGCUAAAUAAAAAUUGUCAAAAGGGGGAAUUAAUGGAGAACAAAACUUGUGAUAAAAUAUGAUUAUAAGUGAGUUGCCAAUAAACUAACUAAAAGAAAAAGAAACAUUGAUAAAAGUUAAAGGUCUGUAAGAUGAGUCUCUCUCACUCUCUCUUCACAUACACAUCAUUAUUUAUUUAUUCACUUGUUCAUUUCCAGAUUAGUAACAAAUGUGGAUUGUUCACAUUAUGGUGUUGGUGGUGGUGAUGGUUCAAGCUUUACCAUCACUGGCGCUUCCACCACAUCACUCUCCUUGUCCUCUAACUGAAGUAGAACACCGAAGACUUGCAUACGAACUGGAGGUCAUGCUUACAGAUCACCUGAAGCUGUGGAACCACAUCACAAAUACCAGCAAAGAACAAGAACAAAAAGAAGAGCGAAUUAGAUAUGAAACACAAAAAGAAAAGCUAAAUAAAAUAAUAAAAGGGAGUGAACACAACAGUGCAAAAUCCUUCUAUAUUAAACCAAGGAAAAUAAUAAAGAGGGAGGAGCAAAUUAAGAACAAAAAAGAAGAGGAGAAAACAGCAAAAGUAAUAAUGAAUAACAUAGUAAGCAUAGAAACAAGGUUUAAUAACAUCAUAACCACUCAUAUAAAACUUAAUGGAACUCCAAAAACAACAGAAAUUUUGCCUUCCAAGUAUGGUGGGCACCAUGAGGAAGGAGAUAUAAUGGCAAAAAAAGGUGAACAAAGUACUGACCGAAGAGCGAGAUAUGUGAGGCCAGCAGAGGGACAAGAAGAGAAGAGAGAAAUUCUACACUCAGAUAAAAACAUAAGACCAGUGAGGGAAGAGAGAAAAUAUGAGAAAAGAGGAACACAAAGUAAUGAUGAGAAUAUGAGUAGGAGUGGAGAGAAAACUGAUGAAAGAAGAGGGAAACUGCAAACUGAAAAGAGAGCAAAAGGAAUAGCAAGAGAAACACAGAAGAAAGGAAUGGGUGAAACACCAUUGAUAGGGGAAGAGGAGAGAAAGGAACUGAGAAACAUAGUGAAGAGAGAGGCAUUGGGGAUUAAAAGGAGAAGGGAGAGAGCAGCCAGUCCAGCCAUCAUCUACAUGCCUGGAAGAGGGAAUGAAAAAGUGAGAGAAUGUGCACUCAUUCAUGGACUUUUAGGAGGCUUUAAUACUUUUAACUUCCUCAGCUUUGCCACUGGUCUUGUCACUCUCAUCCUUAAUGUUAACAACAACAUCAACAACAACAAUGACAACAAUAAUGUCAAUGCUAACAACGACAUCAAUAACAAUAAUGUUAAUGCCAAUCUCAACACACAGAAUGCCAACCAGGUAGUAGUCUUUCCCCCAGGUAGAAGACGGCGUUCUGUAGCUGAUUUGCUAAUGACAGCAGCAGACACGCAAGAAGAGGGAGGUAGUGAUGGACUGCAGAGAGGAAUGAAUAGGAUGCACGGUUUGUGUGGAGGAGCAAGGAGGAUUGUACAGGAGAUGAAAGCACUAUUGAAGGUAAGCAGUGAACAUGAAGGAAAGAGGAAUUUCAUGGAGCACUAAAUUUCAAUUUCUGCCACACACCAUCCUUCAACACUUCUGGCAUCCUAAAAUGCCCUACAAAAAAUUAAAGAGUCAAUAUAAACUUGAAGUGCAUAUUCCAAAAAGUUUCAGCAUCCAUUUAAAUCACUUUCAUAAGACUUUAGUGGAAGAUAUUUAGGUUAUUUAGGUCAAAAUCUAAUAUGUCACUGUUGUAGUAAAGGAAGAUAAGGAAUGACAGUUUUAUGUAGUGGAGGUGUAUCAAGUCACAGUGUAUAAUGAGGUUUUUUUUAAGAUAGUGUUGUAAAGUGUUCUUUACAAAGAGAUGGCUCUAGG